GACAUGUCCCCACUGGUCUAAAAUGCCAUCCCGACCAGGAGCAUCUGGUUUACCCUCUGGGUUGCACCAUCCUCAUUCAGGCACUAAAUACUCAGGAACAGAAUUUCCUACACGGUCAUGGCAACAAUGUCUCCUGUGUGACCAUCUCCAAGAGCGGAGUUUACAUUGCUUCCGGACAAGUCACAUUCAUGGGCUUCAAGGCGGAUAUCAUUUUGUGGCAUUAUAAGAAAAGGGAGCUGAUUGCUCGGCUAUCACUUCACAAGGGCAAAAUUGAAGCUCUGGCCUUUUCACCAAAUGAUUUGUACUUGGUAUCACUAGGAGGCCCAGAUGAUGGAAGUGUGGUGGUGUGGAGCAUAGCCAAGAGAGCCGCCAUCUGUGGCAGCCCUGCUGCUGGCCCCAACGUUGGGAAUGCCACCACGGUCAUCUUCUCCAAAUGCUGCGAUGAGAUGUUUGUCACUGCUGGAAAUGGGACAAUUCGAGUAUGGGAACUGGAUCUCCCAAAUAGAAAGAUCUGGCCAACCGAGUGCCAAACAGGACAAAUGAAAAGAAUAGUCAUGAGUAUCUCAGUGAAUGGCCGAUGAUGAUAGCUUUUUGUACCUCGGCACCACCACUGGAGAUAUUCUAAAGAUGAGCCCUAGGACCAGGCUGCUGGCAGACACUGGGCCUGCCAAGGACAGAUUCAGUCUGGGAGUGUCAGCUAUCAGGUGCCUGAAGAUGGGGGGUUUAUUGGUGGGCUCUGGAGCCGGACUGCUGGUCUUCUGUAAAAGCCCCAGCUACAGACCCAUCAAGAAAAUCCAGUUACAAGGUGGCAUCACUUCUAUCACACUUCGAGGGGAAGGACACCAGUUCUUUGUAGGAACAAAAGAGUCACACAUUUAUCGUGUCAACUUCACAGAUUUCAAAGAGACUCUCAUUACAACUUGUCACUUUGAAGCUGUUGAGGACAUCGUCUUUCCAUUUGGCACCGCUGAGCUCUUUGCCACCUGUGCCAAGAAGGACAUCCGGGUGUGGCACACGCUGUCCAACAGGGAGCUGCUGCGGAUCACUGUGCCCAACAUGACCUGCCGUGGCAUCGAUUUCAUGAGGGACGGCAAGUGCAUCAUUUCCGCGUGGGACGACGGUAAGAUCCGAGCCUUUGCCCCAGAGACAGGCCGGCUGAUGUACGUCAUUAACAACGCCCACAGGAUUGGAGUGACGGCCAUCGCCACCACCAGUGACUGUAAAAGGGUCAUCAGCGGCGGUGGGGAAGGGGAGGUGAGGGUGUGGCAGAUAGGCCCCCAGACCCAGAAGCUGGAGGAGGCGCUGAAGGAGCACAAGUCCUCCGUGUCCUGCAUCCGGGUAAGGAAGAGCAACGAGGAGUGCGUCACGGCCAGCACGGACGGCACCUGCAUCACAUGGGACCUCGUGCAUCUUAGGAGGAAUCAGAUGAUCCUGGCUAACACCUUAUUCCAGUGUGUUUGUUACCACCCUGAAGAGUUCCAGAUCAUCACCAGCGGGACAGACAGAAAGAUUGCUUACUGGGAAGUGUUUGAUGGGUCAGUAAUCAGAGAGUUGGAUGGUUCCUUGUCCGGGGCCAUCAACGGCAUGGAUAUCACUGUGGAAGGAGUGCACUUUGUCACAGGUGGAAAUGACCAUCUUGUCAAAGUUUGGGAUUACAAUGAGGGUGAAGUGACUCACGUUGGGGUGGGACACAGUGGCAACAUCACCCGCAUCCGGAUAAGUCCAGGAAAUCAGUACAUCGUUAGCGUGAGUGCCGAUGGGGCCAUUUUGAGAUGGAAGUACCCAUUUCCCUCAUGAAGCAUUGGAGACCUCCUCGAUUCACAACAUUGAAUACCGUCCUGUUGGAGGUUGAGUUAGAUAACUCCACAACUAGUCUUGCUUUCUCACAUCUGUGUUUCUGUGCUUUGGUCAAAAUAUUUUAUCUACAAGUUUCUCCUUUCCUUUACAGAAUGCAUUUUACAUUCUCUAAUUGUAUAUUAAAACUGAGAUGUGUUCAAGAAUAAUUCAUCCAGACUGUAAAGUUUUUUUAUUAUGAGUAAGUUCCCAGUUGUUGGUUUCCUGUCAUAA